UUUCUCUUUAAAGAAAAAAAAUAGUUAAUUAUUACAUUUCUCUUUAAAGAAAAAAAAUAGUUAAUUGUUACAUUUCUCAUAUUAAUAUUAGUUAAUUGGUACAUUUCUCAUUAAAGUAAAAAAACUAGUUAAUUGUUACAUUUCUCAUAUUAAUAUUAGUUAAUUGUUACAUUUAUCUACAUUUCUCUUUAAAGAAAAAAAAACUAGUUAAUUGUUACAUUUCUCAUAUUAAUAUUAGUUAAUUGGUACAUUUCUCAUUAAAGUAAAAAAAACUAGUUUAUUGUUACAUUUCUCAUAUUAAUAUUACUUAAUUGGUACAUUUCUCAUUAAAGUAAAAAAAACUAGUUAAUUAUUACAUUUCUCUACAUUUCUCUUUAAAGUAAAAAAACCUAAUUAAUUGUUACAUUUCUCUACAAUCUACAUUUCUCUUUAAAGAAAAAAAUUAGUUAAUUGUUACAUUUCUCUACAUUUCUCUUUAAAGUAAAAAAAAACUAGUUACUUGUUACAUUUCUCAUAUUAAUAUUAGUAAUUGGUACAUUUGUCAUUAAAGUAUUAAUUAGAAGUAGUUCGAUUGUUUUUUUCAAGGAAAAAAAUUGUUACAUUUGAUAUACUCAUAUUUUAGUUCGAAUUUGCUAUAAUUUUCUUAGUCACAUUUUAUUAUUACUAUUGUACUCAUAUAAAAUAUUUGAUAUCAUUUAAUAUUUGUUCAAUUUUAAAGAUGGACCAUGGUAGACAUUAUGUAGAUAUGGGUAAUCUCCAACGCAACCGGGAAAGGGAGAUUGCGACGACUCGUCCUAUUUCACCCAAAGGCAAAGGUAAAGCGCGGGCCGAGUCUUCUUUUCAAAGUCGAAACGAUUUUGAAACGGAUUACCAACGAAGAGAUGAUGUGGCGAUGUCCAACGACCAACUACAAAACCUAUUGCCCCAAAAUGAUCCACGCUUUGCACAAGAACAACAAUUCCCGACAACCAUUGACGAAGAUGAGCUCGAGGAUGAGGAUGCGAAGGAGGACGGGGGGGGGGGGGGGGGGGGGGGACGACGGCACCCCGGAUGAUGAGCAAGAGUUGGAGGACGAGGGCGGUUCAUCCCAAAUUGGUAACAAAUCUAAAUAUCCUAUUAUUGAAAACAAUUUUACAAAAAGGAAAGACAAAAAUACCGAUAAAUGGUACGCAAGUUGCAAUCAUUGCAACAAAAAGUAUAGCUUGGGAACUUCUGGCGGAUACGGGAGUCUGACAAGGCAUCCUAAGUCCGCACACUUAGUGAAGUAUGCGAAAAUAGACAAAGGCAAGGGGAAGCAAACACAAAUAUCGAGGUUUGCAAAUUCUCAACCCUUUGGAAAUUUCUCCUAUGAUGAUAAAAAAACAUUUGACUGGUAUGUCUCAUUUAAUUGUUGAAGAAAAUUACCUUAUAUUUUUUUCCCAAAUUCUUGCUUUAAGAGAUUAUGUUCAAGGUACUUUAAAUCCUCAAUUUAGAAAUUAUAGUCGCAAAACGAUUAAAAAAGAAGUUAUAAGGCAAUAUAACUUUGGAAAAAGAAAAAUUACAAACAUUUUUCGCAAACUUUGAGGGACGUGUUAGUAUUUGUAGCGAUAUAUGGGAGGAUACUUAUCAUCAUUUAUAUUAUUUGGGUCUUACUGCACAUUAUAUUGAUGAUGAUUGGAAUAUGCAUAAAUGUGUUCUUGCUUUUCGUGAAUUCAAUUAUCGUCACACUGCUGAUAAUAUUUAUCUUCUCAUUGAGCGUAUUUUAAUUGAAUAUAAUUUGAUUGAUAAGGUGUUUGUUGUAGAUUUUGAUAAUGCUAGUAAUAAUACUGCUGCUAUACCUAGAUUGCGUGAAUCGUGUGGUGCUUCUACAUUGAUGGUAGGUUUUUUCAUCAACGUUGUGCAUGUCAUAUUCUAAAUUUGUGUGUACAAGAUGGGUUAGCGGCAUUAGGAAAUGCUUUGGAGGUAGUGAAGGCGAGAAUUAAAUUGAUUUGGGCUAAUACUCCACUAAAAAUGCAAUGGCGGCAAUAUAUGAAGGAUAGACGUGUCAAUUAUUGUGAUUUUCCUAAAGAUUUGUCUAUUCGUUGGAAUAGUACUUAUAACUUAAUUAAAGUACUUAUUAGAUAUAAAGACCAUUUUCCUGGUUUUUUAAGACAAUCUUGUAACUAUAUUAUAAUCCCGUCUGACAUCGACACUUGUGAAAAAAUUGUUAAUGUUUUGGUAUAUUUUAAUAAUACAACUCAAACUUUUAGUCAUGUUUAUAAACCUACCGCAAACGAAUUUUUUGUUGAAUCUGUUAAUCUCGCCGGCGUUUUUUGUGAAUUUGCCGAUGCCGCUUACGUUAGUUAUUUUUGUGAUUUCAUGAAACAUUUUUUUUUUUAAAAUAUUAUUCACAUAUUCCGCUUAUAUAUGGUAUUGCAUUUAUUCUUGAUCCUCGUUAUAAACUUGCUUACUUGGGAACUUGUAUAGAUUACUAUUAUGCUUCUUUUUUUCCAACUCAAGAGUUCGAUGAUAAUCCCAUAGACCAUAAACAAGAAUUCAACGAGGUUAGUAAUUUAUUUCAUCAAUUGUAUAAUGAAUUUUAUGCACAAUAUGGUAAUGCACCCCCUCCCCUGCCGCGAACAUCUUCUUCAUCUAAAGGAAAAUCACUUUUAAAAUCUGCAUUUGGUUCUCUUUCGAAAAAAAGUAAAGCAACUCCCGCUAAUGAACAAAGCUCAGUUAACGAGCUUUCUUUGUAUCUAACAUUGAAUGUUGAUUAUGAAGUUGGAGAUGACUUUGACGUUCUUAAGUGGUGGAAGGAAAAUGAAAGAACGUUCCCGAUUUUAUCAAAGAUGGCUAAGCAAGUGCUAGCAAUGCCGAUAUCAACAAUUGACGUGGAACAAGAAUUUAGUGCGGCCGGCUACGUCCUAACCGAUUAUAGAACGAGAUUGGGUAUGAGCUCUCUUGAGACACUAGUUUGCUUCCACGAUUGGUUGAAGGCCCAACGAUGAACUCAAGAAAUGAGCAUCGCUCCCACCCGCCACUUUAUGGAGGAAACAACCGAAGACGGAGAUUCCGAUUGAUUAUUUAUUACAAAAUUUAUUACAUUUAUUAAAUUCA